AUGGCGUUCGCCGGUAAAGUUGCACUCAUUACUGGGGGCUCGAAGGGCAUCGGAGCUGCUACUGCCCUGAAUCUAGCUAGCCAAGGUGCAAGUGUUGUCGUCAAUUAUGGUAGUGACUCAGCUUCCGCCGAUGCACUCAUCGCGAAAAUUGGUGACCCUCAACGUUCUCUAGCCGUCCAAGCCGACGCGGGCAGUGUAUCUGGAGUCGAGAAAAUGGUUGCAGCUACUGUGGAGAAGUUUGGGAAGCUCGAUGUUGCAAUUGCCAAUGCUGGUUUACUGCCAAUGAUCGACCUUGCCUCCAUAACAGAGGCCGACUACGACAAGACAUUCAACCUCAACGUGAAAGGACCUCUCUUCCUUGCUCAAAAAGCUGCCCCUCAUAUGGCUCCGGGCUCCCACAUCGUCUUGCUCUCGUCCUCUGUUACCGCUUAUUCGGGAGUGUCACCAGCAUACCUGCUUUACAAUAGCACAAAAGGAGCGAUUGAUCAGAUGACUCGACUUCUGGCCAAAAGCCUGGCUCCAAAGGGCAUCAGUGUCAAUGCGGUCGCUCCUGGCCCAACUGCAACCGACCUGUUCAUGAAAGGCAAAAGCGAGCAGGUUCUAAACGGUCUCAAAAGCAACAUACCAUUCGGUCGGCUUGGUGAGCCGAAUGAAAUUGCCGAUGUCAUAGCCUUCAUGUGUUCUAGUAAGAGUAGCUGGGUGACAGGCCAGGUUCUGCGAGCGAACGGGGGCUUCGCAACUUGA